CCCCCCCCCCUCUCUCUCUUUUGUUUUUCUUCUUUAACCAACUUACCUGCACACGGUCAUAACGCACGCCCCCUCAACAAUGGAAGCAUUCGGGAUCUAUGACGACGACGAUCCCACUCUCUUUAACAAUGCCAACUACCCUACACUGUCACAGUUCGACCUCGACUUACAGCAGCAGGCCCAAGCCGCACUUCAACAAGGCGGCUGGCAAGACUUUGAUAUGUUCCUGCCUCAGGUAGUUCCUGAAGUCUUCUACAACGGCCCUAUCUCUCCACCCACGACGACGUCUUCGCCUCCACAACAACAACAACAACAACAACAGCACCAACAACAGCACCAACAACAACAGCCCCCACAUCCACAACAACAGCAAGAACCUGCUGCUUUAAAUAUACCUCAGUCGUUUAUUGACAGCAGCGUCAUUUACAACACAGCACUGUUUGGCAAUGCCAUGCCUAACAAAACGAUCAACAGCUCCAUGCCGAUCUCACCACCACUUGUUUCGUUCGACGCCACACCCGUUGUACCGUCACAGUGGGCUGCUGGUGGAGGAGCAGCAGCAGAACCAGUGGAAGCUCUGUUGAAAACAGAAUACCCAAGUCCAGAAAACAUUGCGUGCUCACCCGCUAGCGAGUCAAAGAGUCAAUUAGAACAACUCAACUUUAUUGAUUCACUUCCUCCCACCGCUGCCCCACUCACAGCAAUAACCACCACUACUACAAUGUCCCCUUCCGCACAUGCAUCAGUGAUAGACCAGCCAUUACCAUCACAGCUCCCUCAAUCAUUACCUCAACAACAACAACAACAACAACAACAGCCUCCAACAGCAGCUUCAUCAAUAGCCACUCCUCCAUCUGCGGACGCUUCGCCUCCUCCUGCAGCUGCAGCACCUGCAUCGCCAUGGAACAACAGCGGAUUCCCGGAACCUCAAGGCAACAAGGUACCCAUCCAACGCCUGAAACCACCCGCUGCUUCUGCCGUCGCCCAGCAGACCAAUGGCGGACUUAUAACCGGCACUGGCGGACGCCAGCAGAAAAAGACCGCGCACAAUGCCAUUGAACGGAGGUACCGGAACAACAUCAACGACCGUAUCGCCGAACUCAAGGACGCUGUUCCUGCAUUGUUGCAUGCCAAGCUCAAAGACUCUCGCACAGGCAAACGCUCGCACCGUACCAUGGACGACGAGGACGACGAAGGCGAAGACUGUGAAGAAUACCUGGACGGCGUUGCGGUUGCAACCAAGCUCAACAAAGCAACCAUCCUACGCAAAGCCACCGAAUACAUUACACAUCUGAAAAAGACGGGGGACGACAUGCGGCAAGAGAACGCAGUGCUACAGCAUUUGCUGACACAGCUGCCCGGCGGCCAAGAAGUGCUCGGACGAUAUAGAAUGCAAAAAGUACAGCGGGAGCAGGAGAUGCAACGACAGCGGCUCUUUGAGCAACAGCAGCUCGCCAAGCAGCAGCAACAGCAACGGAAGCCCGGUCGCAAACGAACAAAGACGGUACCUGUGUCCGAGGAAUACGAAACAGCUUCUUCCGCAGGCUCAGAUCCAGCUACACCGCCACCCGUGGGCAACCGUGUCUUCAUGGCUAUUUUCGCUUGUCUCACGUUCUUCUCGUCAUCUCCGCUUACGGCUGGCCCUUCGAGCUCGGAGCAGUUCCAGAACCAUCACCACGCUUCACGUGCUGCCAGUGUUGGUGAGACUGUAGCGGAUAGCAACUCCACAGAGCCAUCGGCUGCUGCUUCCUUCAUUAGCUCACUGUUUCCAUUUGAUAAUGCAUGGACCUUCUUGCGAACCGUUGUAUUUGUUCUGUUCAUUGGUCACUUGUUGUUCCCAUACAUGCGAUCGUGGGUGUUUGGCCGAUUUUCGCUGAACGUCAAACGAGUUCCCCGCGCAAAACGAGUAGCAACACGAAAGCGAAUCCAGACGUCGACUGCAGCAGUAUCAUCAGCCAUUGGAUCAAUCACUCCUGGCGACCAGAAGUGUUUUCGCAUCUACGACAUCAUUGCUCGAUCACUCGAAAUGAACGAAGACGGCCCACCACGCACCUCUCUCGGCUAUCUUUUCCAAACGGCCAAAGAAGGAGCUCGUCUGAUCUCACGCCAAGCAUUCGGCUACGAGAUUUUAUACGACGAAGACGAUCAACUCGUACCUGAGGACGAGUGGGAACAAGUUUGCCGAUGGAUCAAACUCAACGAGAUUGAAUGCUUAGGAGGCAAUCCCGAGAUCACACGCUGGACUAUGCUGCAUUCGUGCCUACGCAUGAUCAACUUGGUCGAAGUACUCGAUGACGAAGAACACGAAUACUUGCAGCAGAUGAGAGCACGGGUCUACGCCACCGCAGCAAUCGAAAUGACUGCCAUCCUACGCAACCUUCCUCUUGCCAGCAGACUCUCACGAUACUUUUGGCGUCUGGCAGUAUACGAAACCAGUGCCGACAUGCGCAACCCCAACAACAGCGACGACGGCUACAUGCGCUCGCUGGUCUCGAUGAUCCAGCAACAAGAGGAAAACGUUGAAGACAUCUUGCAGUCGCAAGCGUGGGACGAAACGUUGCAAGUGAUCCGCUACCAAGUGGGCCAAGGACACACCAACCUCUCGUUGUCGCUCACUGCACCCGUGCUGGUUCCCGUGGCCAUUUUGUCGACGCUCCACCUUCUUGACAGCCUUCAAACGCAAUUCGGUCGCCUCAUCGGACACGUGUGUGACACCUCCCCCGCGCCCGCAUCCAAUGGUGACGAGGUUGCAUCCUCCUCGUCCUCGGAUUUGGGUAGCGAAACGUACUUGUUUGAAUCCAUCCUGUCGGUCACACAAGCAGAUGACGAUCACCAGCGUCUGGCGCACUGGCUGGCUGCUGUAGGCAUGACCGUUGAAACCCUGUGGAAGAAUGACGUCAAGGCAGCCGAGAGCUGGAUGGCCACCGUUGUGAAGCGGGUACCCCGUGCGCUCAUGGUCGGCAACGGCAACGGCCAAGACAUUGUCGCUUACAAGAACAAGAUGAACGAACUCGACGAGCAUGUCAAGAAGCAUCUGGUCCAUGUCCUCUCUGGCGCCACGCUCAUCAAGCGUGGCGAGCAAGCUGCGGGCGUCGAGCAGCUGCAAAUGGCCGAGAAUAUCCAGCUGGUUGUCAAGAAACUCAAGGCAGCAGGCCACAAGCAAACUUCCUCCGCACCCCAUCAUCUCGAGAGUGUCGUCAUGGCAUUGGCCGAGUUUGCUGUUGCCGUCAUUGGUCUUGAGGCUUGGAUCACCGCAUGGAAACAAACGCCAAGCAACGAAAACAUUCGAGAGAUUCGCGAGCAAGUGACCUUGUCCACCAUCCAUUUGCGACGGAUGAUCAAGCGGCCAUUGUUGGAGGGCCUUCAGACCAACCAGAUGAUUGCUCGCUUGAGCCGUCUGAGCCGGUUUGUGGCGCGACAGCCAGAUGAAGUCGAUUCGGCGUGCGAUUGCUCUGAUAUUGAAAGCGACGAAGAUGGGGACAGAGUAUCGGCUCUGUUGUAUGAUACGGAUGUUGAAGAAGACGAAAUGCUUGUGAAGCGGGCAGAUAAGGCCCUUGAUAUCCUGCAUGGCAUUCUGUGA